AUGUCCGAGGAGCUGAAAUCUUUUCCGCACCACCGAAAGGUUGGACCCUGCACCAGUAGACCUCCUUAUAGAGAUAGUAAACGGAAGCGGGCUGUGAAGGUUUUCACAAUUGCUGAUGAAUCUAUGUAUCUACUCAUUUUCGGUGUGCCAUCGAUUGAUUUGCUAAAUCCUCUCAAAGAAAGAAUUCAACAGAUUGAAUCGAUGCACCAGUUUCAUAAAGUCACUCAUCCAGAAUCCGAGGCGUUUACAGAAACGUAUAUUGCGAAAUUUGGUUCUGUGAAUUCAGCAAGAAAUGUUAAGAGGCGUCUUGAUGAUUCGCCAUUCUACGGUGGAUUUCUUCAUAUUGUGUAUGCGCCCGAGUUUGAGUCCGUAGCAGAGUGCCGUGUCAAGAUGCAUUCCUAUCGCAGGUUCAACGACACAGUGGCACGUAAAGCGACUGCAGCAAGGUCGCUGGAGAUGAAAGAGUGUCAGCGAAGUUCAUUAAAUACUGAAAAAACCGAAGUGGGUCUCGAAGUGAACAAUGAAUUGCAAACAUCCUCCUGCAUCUCACUGCAAACGAAACAAGUUUCUGCUCCUCCAUUGACAACCAGUUGGGGGGAUCCGGUUUCAUUUAGCAAUCCCUACUCAAAGACUCUGCCUAUGGUCUUGGCGUCACAAAAUCAACAGCAAAGGGGUGACGCACUUGACGACGCACGUAAUUACUGGGCCUCGAGAGGGUUCGAUUUUCCAGAUAGCUCUAAACAUCAUCCUAUCCACUCUGCCCAACCAAAAUCCAUCCCAUUCUCCACAAAACAAUCGGCAAAUCGACUAGUUGGAAUUCCGUUAACCACCCAACAGACGUCUCUUCGUCAACCCAUAUCAGUAUUUGAACCUCAGGGACACUCUGCCUUAAAGUGCUCUUACCUACCACCAUCGGAACCUUCAACCACCGUACCAGUGUCCAGGGCUUUGACCAAAUUCAUUCCUCGUUCCUUCUACGUGAAGGAGAAGAUCAAGACCCACCUCCUCAACAAUCAGAGCUGGACGCAGAACACACAAACACCUACGCAAUCACACAGGCAUCUGAACGGUAACCCUUACCUUCCUGUUUCACUCGCUGUACUAGUGACAUUUUCUCCUACAGUAGGAGACCGUAUUUACAGAACCAAUGGCAGAUGCGCAUGGAUCGACAAAUGGGAGUGGAGGUACACGCGCACACAGGCACAUGGCAGAACGCGUACAGCUCCGCGCUUUAUAGAAAGCGCCCAAAUAAGCUCCCAGGACAUUCGUACAGCGUAUUUACUCCUCUUCGUACGCACAUACGCAUGCACUAACAGCUCCAAUGUAUCACCAUGUUCUCUUGAUCUACAAUAA